UUAUUUUUGUGAUUAUUUUCAUCCUUCCAAAUUAUGUUAUCCUAAAAAAAAGUUAUAUUAUACAGGUGUCAUUUGCAUUCUGAAUUUUCUAGGUAUAGCAGCGUCAAAAUAGAAGAUCUACAUUUUUCAAUCCAAAAGAUCACUGCUCUUUGACGUGAUUAUUCACCAUCAGUUUGUUCUGUGCAAAGAAUACGGGCCUUUAAAUUCGUAAAACCUACUAUCCAUAAUUUCAAAAUUAUGAAACCACCUGCGUGUGUUCAUUAUCAUAUUGCUUGUUUAUCGCAACAAGAAGUAUAUACAUAUAUAUAUAUAGACAUACGUAUACAAAAUCCGCUCGAACAACAAUUAUGUGAUUAGGUAUCAGCAAGUUAAAAGCAAUUUUCUUGCAAUUUGCGACUGUGCGCGCAGGCGCGUGUCGCUCACAUUAGUAAAUUCGAUUGCUGUAAUUAGGUAAUUUAGCAAUAUAGGCUAGAGUAAGUUGUGACGUAAGUCAGGUGAUUAAUCGCGUAUUGUUAUUGCGCAACUGUUGUUCGAGCGCUGAGGACGAGGAUGAUGAUCCCGACAUGAAGGCGCAAAGGGAGAAAGAGAGGCGGCAAGCAAAUAACGCUAGGGAAAGGAUACGUAUCAGGGAUAUCAACGAGGCUCUAAAGGAACUUGGUAGAAUGUGUAUGACACAUCUAAAGACGGACAAACCUCAAACGAAACUCGGUAUCCUCAACAUGGCUGUCGAAGUUAUAAUGACACUUGAACAACAAGUCAGAGAGCGGAAUCUUAAUCCGAAAGCAGCGUGUUUAAAAAGAAGAGAAGAGGAGAAAGCAGAGGAUGGCCCGAAGUUACCAGGCCAUCUUGCAGCGCACAUAACACAUCCGCAUUCUCAUCCACACGCGCACUCCCAACCGCCCUUUCCCACAUUACCUGGUCCACAACCUUCCCUUCAGCACAAUCCACCACAGCCGCAGUAGCAGCGGCUCAGUGGCGGUAUCAUUCUGUGUUAAGGGGUAGAUACAUCUUAAAAUCAAUAAGAAACAAGUUUACGAACAUGACUUGCAUAUCGGAUAUAGGAUGUGUCUCUGCUCUUAUGAAUUGUGCAAAAAAUUAUGAGUACUAUGUGUUGCAUUUUGUAUAUUAUUAGAAGAAUGAAGAGAAGAUGAAAAAUCUAUUUACAUUUUGAAUUAUGAAAUAUUUCUUUUAAUUUAUUACUUUUAAUAUUUAUAUAUUAAAUAAUAUUUUUGUAUUUUUUUUCUUCUAAUUUGAAUUGCUUUAAAAUUAUUAUUUACUUAAAGAUAUGUCUCAAUGUUUAACAAGAGCGACACAAAAAUAUUUAUAAUUUUUUUGCAACUUUUCAACACGCAGUUAAAGAAGGGAAGAAGUUCCAUACGUGCUCACCUAAACAUAGGGCAAGUAAUUUUAAGAGGCAUCUACCCCCUCAAGGCGGCUUCAAAUUAUUUUUAUAAAUAGCGAAAAGAAAAAAAUAAAGGAAUAUGGUUCCUCUUUCGAGAUAUAUAAUGUGUAGGACGAUCGAAAUUUUAUUAACGAUCGAACUUCGCUGCUGACUCAUGUUAAAUUACCCACUUCUGUGUAUACACUACCGACACGUUUACGUUAUAACGCGCAAUAGCUAGGGAAGAGAAUCCAAGUUGGCGAAAACCAGUGUCAUUGACUAGAGAUGAAAA